CAAAGGCGCCGAAAGUUUAAAUUGGUCAAACAGAGUAGCGGUGAGACGCAGAAAAGGAAAACUGUAUACGAAGCCGUGAUGGAGAACACUUUUCCAGUCUAUAAAGUAGACGACAUCGUCCAGUUUUUCCGGACCGAUGUUUUGACGGGUCAAGAGGCGAAACACUUUGCAAAAAGCGACAUCACUCCAAACCCAAAAGUGGACGUUAUACAGCGACUCUACAUGAGAGUAUUGCACCUUCUCUAUCGUUUCAAUCCCAUUGAUUCCCAUUACCUGGCCCCGCUGUCUGAAAACAUCCAAUUCCCCAUGUUGCACGAAAGGGCCACACCAAUUAUGAGUGUUUACCUAUGCAUGUGUCAAUUUUUACCUAUAUGCCACAUCUAUGACUUUUCACUGAAUGACUUGCUUAAUCCAAAAGCAAAACGAACAAUCACAAUUUUGAGUGGCAUUCAGAAUUUUCUACACUUCAGGAAACAGAGGCUGGAAAUAAUAGCAGCUCAUCAGCAGGCUUUUCGAGCAGAUAUGGAUAAACUUCAAGCAUAUGCACGAGGAAUUAAGGAAGCUGAAAAAAAGAUAGAGAAACUGAUGAUCAUACCACCAGAGCAGCAGGCAGAGGCUAAGGAACUGGCUGCAGCCCUCACAGAAGUAAAAAAUGCUACCAUGCAAGAGUCCCAGGAAGUGAACACCCUCAAUGAACAGGUUGCAGAAUGCAAAACAGAGAUAGCAGAAAGGUCACAGAAGCUGAGCCAGAAGAAACUGGAAGUUGCCACCCAGAAGGAUGAGAUAGCCAAGCUGAAGUCUCAGAUUGUAGAGUCCCCUGAGGAGCUCAAGAGUGAGAUGGAGAAAAUGAAGGAGAACAUUAAGAACAUCAAGAGCUCAAAAGAGCUGGCUGUGGAGAAACUGGUGGAGGUACAGAGCAAGGUGCAGUGUGCUAGCCAAGGUGAGGCAGAGAUCCAGGCCAUAUUGAAACAGCUACAUGACCUGCAGGCGAGCAUGUGCAAGACCAACCAGCAGAAGGAAGAGGUCCAGAGCCUGGCAGCACUCUCUGAGUCUCUGCAGAAAGAGCUGAAGGGUCUGAGUAAUGAAGAGGGCCAGCUGAAGCGGGCACUGGCCAUGAAGCUGGACAAGGAGUCCAAGCAGCACAUCCGCCGGCAAAAGAAGAAGGAGCUGAAGGACCAGCACGUUCAGAAUAUUCUUGGGCAAUAUGACAAAAUUCAUGAGAAACGUGAGGAAAUUGUGGAGCGGAUUCAAAUUAUCAGUCGAGAAACCACACAGUUCAAGGACAAAAUGCUGAAGCUUCGAUACAGCUGCAACCACAACACUGAAAAGGCCCAGGCAAUUUAUGACCGAUUACUUACCACACUAGAGCAGUACCACAAGCGGCUUGAAAACCUGGUGAUGGAGGGAAGUGCUGACUUCACGAAAAUGAAAGCAAAUUUCUAGUUCAGUUAAAUUAAGAUAACAUUGGAAAAAAAAAUGUCUUACAGGUUGUAGGUAAAUUGAUGGGGGGUUUUUUCUGUUGCAUGUUCUGUUUUCAUGUCUUUUUAAAUAAAA